AUGUCAGGCGGCAUCCUUCGUGUUAAUGGGGGUAGGGUGGUCGACGGCUCCGGCAAGCCGGUCAUCCUCCGAGGCGCCGGACUCGGAGGCUGGAUGAACAUGGAGAACUUCAUCACGGGCUAUCCGGGCCACGAGCUGCAGACACGCGCUGCGCUGCUCAAGGUCCUGGGGCAGGAGAAGUACGAUUAUUUCUUCGACAAGUUCCUCGAGUACUUCUUUGCCGACGCGGAUGCCAAGUUCUUCGCUUCGCUGGGACUCAACUGCAUCAGGAUCCCCUUCAACUACCGCCAUUUCGAGGAUGAUAUGAACCCCCGCGUCUUGAAGACCAGUGGCUUCAAACACCUCGACCGCGUGGUGGACAUUUGCGGGCGGCAUGGUAUUUACACCAUCCUGGACAUGCAUACGCUGCCUGGGGGGCAGAACCCCGACUGGCAUUCAGACAACAGGUCGUCCUAUCCGGCCUUUUGGGACUUCAAGGACCACCAAGACCGCACCGUUUGGCUGUGGGAGCAGUUGGCGAGCCACUACAAAGGAAACCCCUGGAUCGCAGGCUACAACCCGAUCAACGAGCCCUGCGACGAGCAACACGUCAGGCUCCCGGCGUUCUACGAUAGGCUCGAGGCCGCAAUCCGGGCAGUGGACCCGGACCACAUCCUGUGGCUGGACGGAAACACGUUUUCCAUCGAAUGGAAAGGAUUCGACAAGGUGCUGCCCAACACAGUCUACGCGCUGCAUGACUACUCUACCAUGGGAUUCCCGCUGGGCGAGCGGUUCAAGGGCACGCCGGAGCAGCUGCAGCGGCUGGAGGGCCAGUUCCUCCGCAAGGCCGAGUUCCAGCGGGCGCGCUCGACGCCCAUCUGGAACGGCGAGUUCGGCCCCGUGUACGAGGACCCGGCCAAGAACCCGAAGGCGGACGAGGUCAACACGGAGAGGUACGCCCUGCUCGGCGCGCAGCUGGAUGUCUACGACAAGUACGGCAUCCCGUGGAGCAUCUGGCUUUACAAGGACGUGGGCUACCAGGGCAUGAUCUACACGGACCCCAAGAGCAGGUACAUGCGCACCGUCGCUGCUUUUGUUGAGAGGAAGCGGCGGCUCAAUCUGGACGCCUGGGGCAGGCACCCGAACGCGGAGCUCGACGCGCUUGUGCAGCCGCUGGUCCGGUGGAUCAACCAGAACGCCCCGCAGGCGACCGAGACGUACCCGACCACCUGGGACACGACCCGGCACCUGCACCGGAACGUGCUCGAGGUCUUUGUAGCAGGCAGCUUCUCCAACGAGUUUGCCAGCCUGUUUGAGGGAAUGAGCUUGGAAGAUCUGGACGAGUGCGCCAAGAGCUUCGCCUUUGAAAAUUGUUUGCAAAGGGAGGGGCUCAACCGGAUCAUGAGCCAGCAUGCCCACGUCGCUGCAUCUGGCUGA